AUGGGCAAGCGCAGCUCUAGCUUCGUUGUGAGCGACAACUCCAGCGGUGAUGAGCGGCCCGCAAAGGCGUCCAAGAAGGUCAAGAAGGAGGUCAAGAAGGGGUCUAGCUCAAAAAAUGGAACAAACGUCGACGACGAGGGCAAUGCCUUUUGGGAGCUGUCGGGGAAAAGGCGCAUUGUUGUUCAGGAGUUCAAGGGAAACUGGUUCGUCAACCUCAGGGAAUAUUAUGAGGACAAAUCCGGUGAGAUGAGGCCCGGGAAGAAGGGCAUCAUGCUCUCAGUUGAGCAGUAUCAGACUCUCGUCGGCAACGUCCCAGCAAUCACCAAAGAGCUGCGCAAACAUGGUGUCAAGAUCGCAGGCGGCGAUGCUGCCGAGGACGACGCCGAGGUGGACGCUGAGGAGGAGUUGGACGAGAAGCCCGUCAAAUCCAAGAAGAAGGAUUCUAAGGCCAAGAAGGCCAACAUCGAGGCCACCAGCGACGAGGACGAGGACUCAGACUGA